GCGGCCAUGGGAACCGCGCUGGUGUACCACGAGGACAUGACGGCGGCCCGGCUGCUCUGGGACGACCCCGAGUGUGAGAUCGAGCGUCCCGAGCGCCUGGCCGCAGCCCUGGGCCUCCUGCGGCAGAGGGGCCUGGAGCAGCGGUGCCGGUGCCUGUCCGCGGCCGAGGCCUCCGAGGCCGAGCUGGGCCUGGUGCACAGCCCUGAAUAUGUGGCCCUGGUGCGGGGGACCCAGGCCCUCGAUGAGGGUGAGCUCCAGGCACUAUCUAGACAGUAUGAUGCUGUCUACUUCCACCCGAGCACCUUUCGCUGUGCUCGGUUGGCCGUGGGGGCCGCGCUGCAGCUAGUGGAUGCUGUGCUGACCGGAGCUGUGCGCAACGGGCUUGCCCUGGUGAGGCCUCCCGGGCACCACAGCCAGAGGGCGGCUGCCAAUGGGUUCUGUGUGUUCAACAAUGUGGCAAUAGCAGCCAAACAUGCCAAGCAGAAACAUGGGCUGAACAGGAUCCUUAUUGUCGACUGGGAUGUCCACCAUGGCCAGGGCAUCCAGUAUAUCUUUGAAGAUGACCCCAGUGUCCUUUACUUCUCUUGGCACCGCUAUGAACACGGACGCUUUUGGCCCUUCCUGCGCGAGUCAGAUGCAGAUGCAGUUGGGCAGGGACAGGGCCGAGGCUUUACGGUCAACCUGCCCUGGAACCAGGUGGGGAUGGGGAAUGCGGACUACUUGGCUGCCUUCCUGCAUGUACUGCUUCCGCUGGCCUUUGAGUUUGACCCGGAGUUGGUGCUGGUCUCGGCGGGAUUUGACUCAGCUAUUGGGGACCCUGAGGGUCAGAUGCAAGCUACACCGGAGUGCUUUGCCCACCUUACACAGUUGCUGCACACCCUGGCUGGCGGCCGGGUGUGUGCUGUGCUGGAGGGUGGAUACUAUCUGGACUCCUUGGCCAAGUCCGUGUGCAUGACCGUGCAGGCGCUGCUGGGGGACCCUGUGCCCUCGCUGCAGGGGCCCAUGAUACCCUGUCAGAGUGCUCUGGAGUCCAUACAGAGUCUCCUGGCCGCCCAGGCCCCUUACUGGACAAGCCUCCAACAAGACAGGGCCCUCAUGCUGAGUCCUAGCAUCUGCUCCCCAGAGGAGAGGCCCCUCGGGCUGCUUUCUGGGAGUCCCGCCUGUGAGGCAGCUGUAGCUGUGCUGAACCCUCCCCUGCCAGGCCGCCACUCCACGUCUGCAUCUACCGUCCAUAUGGCUGUCGCUCUGAUGGGGCUAAGUGCCACCCUGGCCCUGCCCCCUGAAGUGCUGCGUCAGGAGGCAUCAGUGGGGAGGGAGGAGACAGAAGCCUGGGCCAGGACACAUGAGUCUCUGGCUCAGGACGUAGCCCUUUCUGCGCUCGGAAGGUUCCUGUUCCUCUUAGAUGGGAUCCUGAAUGGGAAGGUGACCUGUGGCAUUGCGGCCAUCCCAGCCUGUGCUAGAGCAGCUACCUUGGAGGUGGCCAUUCGGCGAAGUCUGUCCCAUGGAGCCGAGAGGCUGCUCUGUGUGGCCCUGGGAGAGCUGGAUUGGCCCCUGGAACUUGCUGAUGAUGGGAGAAUUCUGUGGCUGAACAUUGGCGGCAAGGAGGUAGCUGCCCGGUCCACAUUCCACAUCUCCACACCAUUGCCAAGGACAACAGGAGGAUUCCUGAACUGCAUCUUGGGCCUGGUACUGCCCCUAGCAUAUAGCUUUCAGCCCGAGCUGGUGCUGGUGACAGUGGGGCCUGCCCAAGGCCUACAGGAACCCCAUGUUGCUCUUCUGGCUUCACUGCUUCGGGUUCCAGCAGCAGGCCGAGUCCUGGCUCUUCUGGAGGAGGAAUCUGCACCCCAGCUUGUAAGGACCCUGGCUCCCGUGCUGCAUGGAGAGGCACCUCCUAGCUUGGGCGCUUUCUUAGGAGCUUCUCCAGAGGACAUCCAGGCCCUGAAGCAUUUAAGAGAGCAACUGGAGCCUCUGUGGAAGUUGCUGCAGGUGGCGAGUGAGACUCUGGGGGAGGCAGGGUCCUGUCUUAAGAGUCCUCUUAGGGGACCCAGCUACACAGAUAAAGCCUGUUCCUAGCCCCUGUUCCAUGCUCUCCUGUAGUCUAAGACUGGCCAAUGUGGAAAUGGUUGCGCACCUGUCCUGCAGGUGUCUUCUCUGCAGUGGUUUCUUUUUUGCACUUCCUCACUCCAGAUCGGUAAAGUCAGUUAAUGCC